AUGGGAAGAUGUUUUCCGUUUGCACUUUGGUCUAUUUGGAAAAACAGGAACGAAAACAAUGUAAAUAAUACCAACCUUACUAUUAACACCACUAAAGUAUUUCAACAAACACUGAAAUAUCAUUUGCUCACAUCCAAACAUACUACUAGUAAUAUUCCCAUAAAGGUGAAGGUAAAAUGGCAUCCGCCUCCUAGGAAUUGGUACAAGGUCAACUUUGAUGGUGCGUUCAAGAAUGAAAGCCUACAUGGAGGAAUCAGUGGAAUCAUACGCAACAACAAAGGAGAGUGGAUGUUGGGUUACUAUGAGAAGUGUCAAAUUAUAUCACCUAUCCAUGCAGAACUUCUAGCUCUUCGACAGGCACUUCAAACAAUUAUCAGGGAAAAGUUCACACCAUGUGAACUAGAGACAGAUGCCACAGAGGUGAUUCAUUUUUUAGAAGAGGAUUAUCCUACUUACAGCAAUUUAAUUUAUGAAUGCAGGUGCUUAAUGGGGAAGGCAAUGGAGCAGGGGGAGAUCAUAAUGAAGCACAACUUCCGUGAAGGGAAUAUGGUGGCACACAAGAUGGCCAAGGAAGCUCUAAAGUACCCUAGUUAUAAUAUAACCCUUUAUUUUGCUAAACCACCUAACUUUGCAAUAGAUGUGUAUUGUAAGGAUCAGGAAGGCUCUGAGGCAGAUACAUCUGGCUGUCAGACCGGUGCGCGUCCCUGA